AGCAAAAUCGUUCCCGAUUAUUUUACCAAAAACCCUGAUGUCUUUCAUCUUCUCAACUCUGUUCGUCAUCCCAACCUUAUGAAAUCUGAACCCAUUUCGAAGCCUGCUGGUUGCCGAUCGGCCCCUGACGCCUGCUGUUCAUUUUGGGAGAAACGACCCUCUGUUCUCAUCUCAACCUGGUCUUCCACCGUCACCGCUGCAAGCUCUCUCUCUCGUUCACACCGCUGCAAAGCCCUAAUUGUUGCCGUUAACUGCUCAUUUCUUCGGCGUUAGGGACUGCAACUCUCUAUAGAAGUGAUUGCUUGGAUCAAGUUUGCUGAAGAAGCAUACUAAGAAAAAACUGGAACAAAGUUCUUACACGGAAAAAUGGCGUUCAGAUCGAGGGAGAUGUUUAAGAAAAUAGUCCGAAAGGUCGGGGAGGAGAAGUUGGCACCAGGAGUGAGGGAAUCACUGAAGAAAUGUCUUCCAGAUAGCAAGAUCGUGAUGGGGAGAGCCAAGAGAGGGAUUUAUGCUGGGCGUCAUAUUCAGUUUGGCAACCAAGUCAGCGAAGAUGGAGGCAACAAGACAAGGCGGAACUGGAAGCCAAACGUACAAGAGAAGCGACUCUUCAGUUACAUACUUGACCGACAUAUUCGUGUCAAGGUCACAACCCAUGCACUCCGCUGCAUUGACAAGGCAGGUGGAAUUGAUGAGUAUCUCCUGAAGACACCCUAUCAGAAGAUGGACACAGAUAUGGGAUUGUUCUGGAAGGCCAAGAUUGAGAAGAUGUAUGAAGAGCUUGGGGAGAUGGAUGUGGUAUUCUUCUCACCUGAGGAUGAAGCCAAGUUUGAGCAGGGCUUCAAAGACCUGAAACUGGCUGAGAGGGCAGCUCGUAGGGAAACUAGAAGGAAGAAUUACACAUCAUCAGGUAAACAGAAGCAGAUUGAGGAAGGCAAACCAGAUGCUUCAGACGAUAGGCCUGGGUCUGCAUCAGAUGAAGAAGGAACAAUAGAUCAUACACUCAAGCAUAUGGUUGCAAAUACUUGAUGGUAGUCACUAUCCAAAUGAGUCCUUGCUAUUGUCCCAUUAUUUUUCCUCUUUUUUUUAUUAGGUGGAUUUAAGACGAAGCGUUUGGCGGUCAAUUGUGGGUGUGUUACUGGCUUUUAUGCAUGGAGAUGGUCCUACCCUUUUCAAUUUUCUUUAGUAUUUCUCUGUCAGUUUACAUAAAGGAAAGAAGCCAAGCUUUUGCAUUUUUCUGUUUCUGCUUUGUUGCCUGCUUGUACCGAGUAAUAUUUCUCUCUCAAGGCUAAAUUCAGGACAAGAAUCCAAACUUCAUUUUUAUGUUU